AUGCGCAAACGACAAGGAACGGUUACGUAUCCGGCAGGCCGCAUCGACUGGACACCCUACCUUGGAAAUCAUGCGAAACUACCUGGCGGGACCGACGGUGUGGAUGGACGAUCCGACGACAUGAAAGCUGCUGAUGCUUCCCGGGCCGACGAUGUGGAUGACAAGAAAGCUGCUGGUGCCUCCCGGAACGUGGCAGAAGCUGGCACCGAACCUGCGAGGAAAGCUGGCAGCGCUGCGUCGCGCUGCAGCUGGUGUCACUUUGCAGCUGGCGCACUGUUGGUCAUCGCUGGCGUGUUCGCUGUGUGGGUCGGACGGCCGCACCGCUCGUUGGAAAGCGGCCAGCCUCUGAGCAAGAUCCCCUUCACGCUCGCCAAGCCAGAGCCGUUGGAACAACUUGCACGGACGCUGAAGCAGUGCGCAGUGAUCGGCUCCGAUGUUGAAGCAUUUGCAGAAGUGACGACGCUCUCGAACAAUGUACUGCACGGAGAGGAAUCCCUCCGCAACUUCUUACACGACCGAGUCGGAAGGGCAGGCGAGCGGGCGCGCGCCUACCCGGAGAGCUGUCAGCGCGUGGACGAAUUCUGGAACGUACUCAACGCCACGCGUGUCACGAUCGACAACGUCGGUGCCAACAGCAAGGCGCUGCUGGAAGCCGUCGCCAAGGUGGGCAGAGUGAUCGAUGACGAUUGGGACAAGGAGAAGGCAGAGUGCAAAAAAUAUAUACACACGGGGCGGAGACCUUUUAAGAAAACCCUGGUAGCAAAAUUCGGCAACAGGGAGAAUGUCGUGAAGUUCUGGACAGAUAAGACGGAGGACGAGAUGAAGGAGAAGUGUUCGGAUCGUCUUACAACGCUCGAGAUCUGCUCAGAAACGCAAAGCCAACUUUCCGCGAUGGCGUACGACCACAGCAGUCGACUGAAGAUCCUUUCAAUCCAGGCUGCCAAAUGGUCGCGCUAUCCCCAGCGAUGGAUCACCGAGAUGCCUUCCCGAGAGGCUACGUGCGCGGCCAAAGACGAGGCGGGGGGCGUGGAGGGUCUCUGGGCCACCAUCGGGGUCGACGCCAUGGCAGCCUUGAGCUGGGACGCUUAG